AUGGCAGAAAAGAGAGAUAAUGUCAUCUCCAGUGUGCCACUUGGAACAGCAGCAAAGACACUUCCAGCUCUUCCUUUGUUAAAGAAGCUCCCUCAGCCUUUGCAUUCCCCACCAUCUCCUUGGGAUCGAGUCCCCAGCGUCAGACCUUGCCCUCCUGUCAACACUGAGCAACAAAUCUCUGAACAGCAGCAGAAGAUCCACGUGAGCAUCCUGGAGAGAGCACAAUGGAGCCCCUCUUCUGUCAGGCAGCAGAACACACACAGUCUGUUCUCGGGAAGAACAGGAGCCAGGAAGGACAAGAAGAACAUUACAGGACACCAGCAAGGGACCCAAACCUUUCUGCAAGCACCUCGUCCACAUUCCAGCUCUGCCCAGGAAAGGUCAGGAUGGGCACUGCAAAGGAGAACUGUGAGCAAGGCAACAGCCCAACAUGGCCCAAGGAUUCUCUGUCCUCUCCCAUUCCAUGGUGUUUUAGAGGGAGACCACCGGAAACAGAAGCUCUCCCUUCAUUCUACACCAACAGGAAGCAAAGGAAAACGAUUGGAAAGUUUCAGAGAGAAGAAAAUGCUACAUGCCAAGAACUUCCAGAGGCAAGUCCAACUUCCUAAAAACGACCAGGAAUUUAGUAGGAGCUACAGCCAGCCCCUGUCUGCUGACAUGGAUUUCUCCUUCCUCUCUGCAGCAGCGGGAAAUAACACACCCAGCUUUUCCACCUUUCUGAUGGCUGUUGAAGAGGUGGCUGUUUAAAUUCUUGGAAAACACUUUUGUGAGACACAACCUUGUGCACAGGCAGGAAUAGAGCAAUGCAGCCUCUCCAGAGACACCACCAGGCCUUCCUCCCUUCCCAUUCCAAAAGUUUUUAUGGCCUCCCCUCCAAGUACAGACAGAACUGCUCCAUCCUCCUUCCUUCCUUCCUCUCUGCCUCCGGUGCCGCUUCCUUUGGGUCUCAGAAAUGGUUACCAUGUCUUUAAAAAUCAAAGAAAACCAGACCAAGGUUUGCAAACAGUCCUUCCUUCUCUGUUCUUUCUAAGGAUGUUAGAAAGUAUUGUGCAUGAAUGGAAGAAACUAUUUUCAUUUUCUGUCUUUACCCUACAAGGCCAGGCUUCAAAUGCUUGUUAGAACACCCAGCUAUUUUAAAUUAAGUUAAAUAGCCCAGCUAUUUUAAUUAACAUACAGUUUCACAGACAUUUUUUGGAACUGGAGAUCUGAAAUACCUGCUGUUCCUGACAAGAAUCCCCACUUAAGUCUGUCUCUGCUUUAACCACACUUAGCAUUUAUGAGUUUCCAGGACAAAGUAUGAUAAAACUUCUAAAAACUGUUAAUGAACUAUAGGACACAGAUAAAGGAAAAAAAUAAUUUGGACACAUCCAGGACCCCCAUGUUACAAAUUUCCUGUUCUGCCAUGCCCUGUGCAGGAGCUGUUUGGAAUGUUCGCUCUCUUCUUUCUGUAAAUCAUAUGGCACCAUUUUCAGAGCCAUGUAAAUAAAUAAUAAGACAUUUAGCCAGAUAA